AUGCCACCCAAUCAACGGGAGAUUCAGCGACAGCUGAUGAAAAAGUACAACAUCAUUUUUGAUGGGCCAAUUGACUCAAUCCCCAAUCCUCAGUGGCCAAACAAUUGCAACACUAUCUUUGACCACAUUCGGCAACUUGGUAGAACCGACUACUCAGAAUACCGUGGGAGCAUAUCCGCAGACUUCACGCGGUUCCCAUGGAGACACCAGGUUCAGCGGCGCGCAAAGCGCAUUGCAGAGAGCGCCAAACGCUGCUUGGGGAGCAGGAAGAAUGAAAGCGGAUGGCGGCUAGCACUCGAAUCCGAAGUCAUGGCCCGAUUCUCUGUAGAGAUUGCGUGUCGGAAUUGCCGCGGCCGGCUUUGGCGCUCUGAGCAAGAAGUCGAACCAAGCACUGAACCGGCUGAGGAGGGCGAUGCCAAUUCUCUCAGGGCUCGGCAAAGAAGACGCCAGCCCUGCACAUGUAAUCCCAAUGACUUGUCACGAGAUAUACCAGAGCAAGGAAUUAGCCCUUUGUUCGACGAUAGAGCUGAAGAAGCAAUAAUCUACUCUAGUGAACUGCGGACCGAGCUCCCGAGACGGGAACACCGCCCUGAUCGUGUUUAUGGACUCCAAGUCACCGAAAGGUUCUCUCGGCUACUACACUAUGCCGAGGAUAUCAGGAGUAGCCCGUUCAGAAUUGACGGGGACCCUCUUGUGUUUCCAUUUCUCGUCAUUGAGGCCAAAUCCGAGAAGAGCACUGAUGGUUUCGCCAAUAACCAGGUUCAGACUGCCUUCGCUAUUCGAGAGCUCCUGUCUAUACAACACGAACUAGCACAGGCUACUAAUGAAGGGAGGGAAUGGGAUGGAGGUCCACUUGUGUGGUUUCUAUCCUACAGAGGCGAGGAGUGGAGAGUAUUCGCCGCCUACAUCCACACUACCCAUGAUGGGAUAUCUUACCGAGUAGUUCGCCUUUGGAGUGGCGAAGUCGACUCCCUGAAUGGUGCGCUUCAGCUACUUCUCAUCAUCGACUAUAUCGCUGAUUGGGCGCGGGACAUCUACCGCGAGGGUAUUGCACAUAGCCUUCGGAAGUUGGCACCCAUCGACUCAGAAAGCUUGAGGCGCGAUGACGAUAUCUUGUCCAAGGCUGGAAAUGUCAGAUCAUGGAUUUCCAGUAUUUUUGGAAAGAGCCAUGACGCAAAAGCCCAGCCAGUGCGAGACCCUCUAUGCGAAUUCGACUGCGCCCUUGGGGUCUUCCGAGACGCUAGAUUUGUUGAGUCCCAGUGCAUCGGUCUAGUUAUCACCCACCACAAUGUCGAAUACUUUCUACGGACAGCCACCACGGACUUGGAGACAAGAGAUCUAAUAUCGGCUCUUAUGGACAGUUUAGAGCGUCCCUGUCUUGUGAAGGGCCAAGUACUGAAUGAUUUGGAGCUCAUGUGGACAGAUACUGAUCGCAACUUGACUGAGAUACUCAAUCCAGAAGAGGUUUUCUAUGUUGUUGUGGUAGCGAAAUUCUAUCUCAGUCCAGGAUGGAAGCCGACGAGAGAAUUGACUUAUCUAGCGAUCUCGAAGAAGCUUGUUCAAGACUCCAUGCGGCACCCAGCUGGACCCCUUUCGCGCAUCAGACAACUGGAUGAGGCGCCGCUAGUUGAAGACCUGGAAUCAUUCCGCGGCCUUCUCCAUAUGUCGGCCGAGGAUAAUUUGAAUGCUUGUCUUUAUAACUUUUGCCUUCGGACUGAUACGCCAAACAGAGCACAACGUUCGGAAAUCAACUACGUUUGGAAGACCUUACAGACAGUUGCAUCGGACGAUGCUGACCCGAAGCUACAUGGCCGAGUCUUGCAGGCAUGUGCACAGCCCAACACAAGGAAAUUUGUGCGUAAGCUGCAUUCCAUAUACAAGAUUGGGAGGAAUGAAGCAGAUGUUUCAUUUAUCCGUGUAUCAUCAACCUUGGAUCAACUAGCCAGUCGGGAGGAUUUGAAACUUCGACCGAAUCUCUUGGAACGGACUGAAUGGCCAUGGACAGACGAUAGGGGGUUGAAAACAAUGAAAAUAUUGAAUAGGGAGUUGAUCGUUGUCACGAGGACCGCUGUGGUCACGUAUUUCCAAGCGGCUAUGUGCGUAUUUAUCCUCGAUUCAUCACUGGCGCAACGAGGUAUUCCACAAGCUCUAUUCUCUUGUCCACCCGAGUUUCACGUGCUCAUGUUCAACUUUGACGAGGAUCCCAGCGACAUUGGUCGGUGGGGAACCUCGCUUUCCCCAGAAGAUGAGUUCAGAAAAGGUUGA